AUGACAUGGCCCUAUGAUCAAAGCUGGGAAGAGGCCCGUAUCUACGGGUAUAGUCUGGACAAUCCUACCCAGACCUUCCCUCAUCUAGCCCCUGAUCUCAACUGGAGCGCCCAUGCAGAAUUCGAAAUGUGCAUUCCCAAUGCUGUACCUGUCACUUCCAACCUAUCGCCUCGCCCCCAGCUGAAUUCCUUGGCGGCGCAGGGAGGAUCUACUCGUGCCAUGUCACCUAGCGUGCCCCACCAACCGAACACCUCGAAUCCUGUAAUUGUCUAUCCAAACCCCCCAAAGGAGUCGGCUGUAAUUUCCAGGGGAGAGAACAACACUCGAAACCGCGCUAGAGGAUGCCAAAUCAGCAGUUCACCCCCGCACAGCCCCCAUGAGUCGGAGUUCCAAUGCAAGUGGGACGGCUGUGGCUACCGAGGCACUUUCAAACGGGAAUCCUCCCUCAUCCGCCAUAUUCGGAAAAUACACGUCAGCCCUCUGGCUCAUCUAUGUACGGUGGAGGGCUGCGACAAGGCUUUUAAUCGUGCGGACAAUCUGGUUCAGCACACACGAAACAAGCACUAUACUUACUAA